GUGUUGACGGGUCGUAGUGCAGGGUAGUGAAGGGAAAUCUUUUUUUUUGAAGGUAGUUUAUUGUUUUGGAUUUAAAGGUAAAGUUUGAGAAUGCCUCGUGUAUACGUAGGCAGGUUGAGUUAUCAUGUCCGCGAAAAGGACAUCCAGAGGUUCUUCAGCGGCUACGGAAAGCUGUUGGAGAUUGAUUUGAAGAACGGGUACGGGUUUGUGGAGUUUGAGGAUACCCGUGAUGCGGAUGAUGCUGUGUACGAGCUGAACGGCAAGGAGCUGUGCGGCGAACGCGUGGUGGUUGAGCAUGCCAGGGGGCCCCGUCGGGACCGGGAUGGCUACGGUGGGGGUUGGGGUUCUGGCCGCAGUAGUAGUGGUUACAGCAGCAGGAGCCGCUCUGGCAGAGACAAAUACGGACCUCCUGUCCGCACCGAGUACCGACUCAUUGUGGAGAACUUGUCCAGUCGCUGCAGCUGGCAAGACCUCAAGGAUUUCAUGCGCCAAGCCGGUGAGGUGACCUACGCUGAUGCCCACAAGGAACGGACUAACGAAGGCGUGAUCGAGUUCCGCUCCUACUCCGAUAUGAAGAGAGCCCUGGACAAACUAGAUGGCACUGACAUUAAUGGGAGGAAGAUCCGUCUGGUGGAGGAUAAACCCAAACGGCGCCGCUCGUACUCGGGCAGCCGGUCCAGGUCCCGCAGCAGACGCCGCUCUCGUAGCAGGAGCCGUAGGAGCAGGAGCUCGCGAAGCCGCUCAAGGUCUCACUCUCGCUCCCGAUCCCACAGCAAGCGCCGCUCUCAUUCCAGGUCCAAGAGAAAGUCCCGCUCCAAGUCUCCAGCUAAAUCCCGCUCUAAGAAGUCCCGUUCCCGUUCUCACUCCCGCAAGUCUCACAGCCGCUCUGGGAGCCGCAAGUCGCGCUCCAAGAGCCUUUCAAAGCCCCGGUCUGAGCGUGGUUCUCGCAGCCACUCCAAGGAGAAGUCAGUGAGCAAGAAAUCACGCAGCCGGUCAGCUUCACCCAUGGAGAACGGAGACAAAAAAUCCGUCUCGCGUUCUCCUUCUCCGCAUGAGGAUCGGCACCGUUCCAAAUCGCCCUCAAAGCGGUCACAGUCUCGCUCUCCUUCUCGGUCCAAAUCCCGUUCACGUUCGCGCUCCAGAUCCGCCUCGCAGGACUGAGUGUAUGCCGUUUUGUAUGGUAGCUCAGAAAGUCGGCACUUGAUACAAAGGUGCAUCGUAUUUAGAUCAGAUCGUACAUGUUUGACGUUGCAUGAGAGCUAAAGGGCUAAUUGUAAAUAUCAAGUGGGUACCAGAUUUGUAAAUUAAUCUUGAGUAGCGCGCGCCCCCCCCCCCCC